AUGUGUAGUGGGAACCAGAGUUUUGCUCCUUCAGCUAAUGAUCUACCAGAAAACAGCCAGACCUCGGAUACCAAUUCGAGCAGGACUGAGCUAUUGGAAGCUCUUCGACAUUCCCAAACACAAGCAAGGGAAGCCAAGAUAGCAGCACAAAAAGCUUACAGUGAGAAGGAACACAUCGUCAAAGUCUUCUUCAAACAAGCAUCACAUCUCUUUGCAUACAAGCAAUGGCUCCAGAUGCUACAGUUAGAGAGCCUAUGUCUGCAGCUCAGGAUCAAAGAACAACAGAUCUCAACACUGUUUCCUGUUCUUCCUUUUAUGCCACAUAGAAGUGAUGGGACUAAGAGUAAAAGAAAGAAACAUAGGAAAUGUAGCUUUUGUAAGUAUGCUGUAGCCUUUUCUGUUGGCUUGGGCAUUGCUGGUGCUGGGAAAGUUAUGGAUUAUGUGGUCUCUUCAACUGGAUGGGAUUACAACUGGUCAGUUCUUAAUGCUUAUGUUCUUCAAAUGAGGAAUUCUUUGAGAAAGCUCAUUUCCCUUUCAAAUGCAAAAAUGACUCAGGAUUUUAAAGUUAGCCCUCCGUUUGUGGUGCUGUAG